AUGGAAUACCUCUCGGCGCUGCAGUCGCCCGUGGACGACCUGAAGCCGUCGCUGUUCGAACUCCUCUCGGAGCAACAGCUGUCGGCCCUCCUGCCACCCACGAUCCGGUACCUGCUCGCCCUGCUCACGCACCGCUACCCGCGUUACCUUCUGCGCGUCCUGAACAACUACGACGAGGUGUACGCGCUGCUGGCGCUCGUGGUCGAGAAGUACUACCUCGAGCACUUUGGCGGCAGCUUCACCGAGAACUUCUACGGCCUCAAGAGGGAGAAGGUCCUCAGCCUGCGCGGAGGCGAGGUCAAGCGCACCCAGAUCGCCGUCCCCGCCGAGGUCCGGGAGCGGUUAAAGCUCAAGGGCCGCGAUGUCUGGACCAACCUCGCCGUCUUGGUCGGCGUGCCCUAUCUCAAGAGGAAGUUGGAUGAGAGUUAUGAUAUCCAUAUCGCGCCGUCGGCUGGGUUGCUGAUGGGUGGAGGAGGGUUGGGCGGAGUGGAAGGCAGGAGGUAUCUCGACCGAGACGCCCUGCCGCCAAACCCGACCAUCAAGCAGAGGAUUAUGUGGUAUUACAAGUGGUUUCUACGGCAUGUUUACCCGAGUUUGAACGCAGCGUACUACUUCAGUAUCUUGGCUUUCAGCUUGGGAUACUUGUUCGACGGAACCAAAUACUCGAGUCCAUUCCUGUGGAUGGUCUCCACGAGGAUGCGGAGAAUGGGCGCCGCGGAUCAGCAGGCCAUUGAUGCCGCGAGAGAAGCUGCUGAUAAGGCUGUCGCUGCCGCCGCUGCUGGGAGACCGGGACAAGGGUUGAGUGGCAUCUUCAGUCCGCGGACGCUGUAUCCCCGAUUAUUGUCAAGCUUGAGGAUUCUCUUGCCGACGAGUAUCUUCGCACUGAAAUUCUUGGAAUGGUGGCAUGCGAGCGAUUUCUCCCGACAGUUGAGCAGAAAAGCAGCCGAAGGGUUGGAAUUGCCGCCUCCGAUCGUCUCAGGGAUGGAACUCGCCCAAAAGACUAUGCCGGAGCCACAGGGUGCCGUGCGUAAGUUAUCAACAAAGAACGCGACGGCCAAACGAACCCCGCCGGUCUCGAGCAUCACUUUCCUUCCGAUAUUCACAGUCCCGCCGCCACCGACGAGCGACCUGUGUCCUAUCUGUCUGCAUCCGAUCUCGACAGCGGCAGCGUGCCAGACCGGAUAUGUAUUCGAUUAUAAGUGCAUAUUCCAGUGGAUUGAGGGCACGCAUGAGCGGCAGGAGGCAUUUAUGAAAGGAGAGAAAAUGAGUGAGUGGGAAGAUGAUGACGAGGAGGAAGACGACGAACACGGACAGGCCGAGGACGAGCAGAAGAAAAAAGUGCACAAGAGCCGUGAGGGGAGCUGGGAAAGCGGGAAGGGAAGGUGUGCGGUCACUGGCAGACGAGUCCUCGGCGGCACCAGCGGGUUGCGCAGAGUCAUGGUUUGA